GCGUGGGGCGGUUUCCUAGCAACUCUCAGCUCUGAGCACACCCAGCCACCCGAAGGCUGGGAGCCCCCCUCUGGGGGGGGACCCACAGAACUAGAGCACCCCAUCCCUGCCUCGCCUCCCUCUCAUUCUCUCCUGGUACAGCCCAGGGAGCAUCAGCUGUCAGGGUUCUGGGUGACCAGACGCCUGAGCCGACUGAGUCCUAAAGGACAAGGGUACGCAACUCCCUCCCGGCAAGGAGUGUGGAACCUCCCCUUCCAGCCAGUUAAUCAACGACGAUGCCUUGCUGGGUGCCUGCGGGCGCAGACCCGGGCUUCUAGGGUGCUCGUGGAGCCGUUCCCCCAGCUGCUGGCACUCGAGCCUCCUCUCCCGCCAAUCGGGACGCUGACGCCCUUGGCUAGCUGAGACUAAGUGGAGUUGGCCUCCCUGCCCACCUGUGGAAGAAGCUCACACGGACAGAUGCGCCAGCGACUCCCCUCCCACCCCCUUGGCCUUCUAGCCGUCCCCUCCCACUAAUGCAGCAUCACCCUGUGAAUUACAUUAGGGUGGUUUUCCCCCCAGCCUCGGGCUUUGUUUGGGUUUGAUUGUGUUUGGCUCUUCGCUAAGCUGAUUUAUGCAGCAGAGCCCCAUCCGCUGGAGAGAAACAAAAGCUCUUUUCUUUGUCCCGAGCGGACUGUGGAGCCCUCACUCGCUUCGCCGCCGCGGGCCAUCGGCUGUCCGAGGAGGUGCUUUUGGUUGAGACAGCGGGGCCCGCUGAGCGGAGCUGGGAGGGCCGCUGGGGCCCUGAGAUGCAGAGAGCUGCUCAGGCCCGCGUACCUGUAUCGCCUACUCGGAGCCCCUGGGUGGGUCAGACCGGCCUGUGGAAAAGAUCCUAGGGAUUUUCGGACAGCGGGCCCCAAGGUGCGCCCCCAAGUCGCGAGCGCGCGUCAGGAAAGCGGCCAGGCAGCGGGCGCAGGGCAGGCUGCUUUGCAUUAUGUGCGACUCGGCCCUGGCUUUUCUGACUGCUGCACUGCUCUGCCUGCACAACUGCCAGCGAGGUCCUGCCUUGGUUCUCCAGGCGGCCUGGCUGUUUUCACUUGUUCUUGGACUGGGCCAAAGCGAACACAAUAGAUGUGCCUCUUCAAACGUGGUCUCCUGUGCCAGGUGCCUCCAGAUGGGUCCAGAAUGCGGAUGGUGUGUUCAAGAGGAUUUUGUUUCAAGUGGAUCAAGAAGUGAACGCUGUGAUACUGUUUCCAAUUUGAUAAGCAAAGGCUGUCCAGUUGAUUCUGUAGAAUACCUGUCUGUGCGUAUAGUAACACCAAGUGAGAAUGAAAUCAAUACCCAAGUGACACCAGGAGAAGUCUCAAUCCAACUGCAUCCAGGAGCUGAAGCUAACUUCAUGUUAAAAGUCCGUCCUCUGAAGAAAUACCCUGUGGAUCUUUAUUAUCUGGUGGAUGUGUCAGCAUCAAUGCACAAUAAUAUAGAAAAAUUGAAUUCUGUUGGAAAUGAUUUAUCCAGAAAAAUGGCGUUUUUCUCCCAUGACUUCCGUCUUGGUUUUGGUUCAUAUGUGGAUAAAACUGUCUCACCUUACAUUAGCAUCCAUCCAGAGAGGAUCCAUAACCAGUGCAGUGACUACAAUUUAGACUGUAUGCCUCCCCAUGGAUACAUCCAUGUGCUAUCUCUGACAGAAAACAUCACUGAGUUUGAAAAAGCAGUUCACAGACAAAAGAUAUCUGGAAACAUAGACACUCCUGAAGGAGGUUUUGAUGCCAUGCUUCAGGCUGCUGUAUGUGAGAGUCACAUUGGAUGGCGAAAAGAAGCUAAAAGAUUGCUGCUGGUGAUGACAGACCAGACAUCACAUCUUGCUCUUGAUAGCAAGCUGGCAGGCAUAGUGGUGCCAAAUGACGGAAACUGCCAUCUGAAAAACAACGUCUACGUCAAAUCGACAACCAUGGAACAUCCGUCACUAGGCCAACUUUCUGAAAAGUUAAUAGACAACAACAUAAAUGUCAUUUUUGCAGUUCAAGGAAAGCAGUUUCAUUGGUACAAGGAUCUUCUGCCCCUUUUGCCUGGUGCCAUUGCUGGUGAGAUAGAAUCCAAAGCUGCAAAUCUCAACAAUUUAGUAGUAGAAGCCUAUAAGAAACUCAUUUCAGAAGUAAAAGUGCAGAUGGAAAACCAGGUACAUGGUGUCUAUUUUAACAUCACUGCCAUCUGUCCGGAUGGGGCCAGAAAGCCAGGCACAACUGGAUGUGGAAAUGUGACAAGCAAUGAUGAAGCUCUUUUCAAUGUAACAGUUGUGAUGAAAACCUGUGAUGUCACAGGAGGAAAAAACUAUGCAAUAAUCAAACCUAUUGGUUUCAAUGAAACCACUAAAGUCCACAUACACAGAAGCUGCAGCUGCCAGUGUGAGGAUCGCAGAGAGCGCAAAGGACAGUGUGCUGAAACUGCCCUGGAUCCCAAGUGUCCACAGUGUGAUGACAGCAGAUGUCAUCUUGAUGAAGACCAGUUUCCUUCUGAAACUUGCAAGUUGCAGGAGGAUCAACCUGUCUGUAGUGGCCGAGGAGUUUGUAUCUGUGGGAAAUGUUUAUGUCACAAAACCAAGCUUGGAAGAGUAUAUGGCAGAUACUGUGAAAAGGAUGACUUUUCUUGUCCAUAUCACCAUGGAAAUGUGUGUGCCGGGCGUGGGGAGUGUGAAAGUGGCAGAUGCCAGUGCUUUAAUGGCUGGGAAGGAGAUCGGUGCCAGUGUCCGUCAGCCUUAGCACAGCACUGUGUCAAUUCCAAGGGCCAAGUUUGCAGUGGGAGAGGCACCUGUGUAUGUGGCCGGUGCGAGUGCACUGACCGCAGGAGCAUUGGCCGCCUCUGUGAGCACUGCCCAACCUGCCAUCUGUACUGCAGUGAAAACUGGAACUGCAUGCAAUGCCUUCACCCUCACAAUCUGUCUCAGGCUGUACUUGAUCAGUGUAAAACCACUUGUGCUGUCAUGGAACAGCAUCGUGCAGACCAAGCGUCAGAAUGUUUAUCUGGCCCAAGCUAUCUGCGAAUAUUUUUCAUUAUAUUCAUAGUCACAUUCUUGAUUGGGUUGCUUAAAGUCCUUAUCAUUAGACAGGUGAUACUACAAUGGAAUAGUAAUAAGAUAAAGUCUUCAUCAGAUUACAGAAUGUCUGCUUCCAAAAAGGAUAAACUGAUUCUGCAAAGUGUUUGCACAAGAGCUGUAACCUACCGACGAGAAAAGCCCGAGGAAAUAAAAAUGGAUAUCAGCAAACUAAAUGCUCACGAAGCUUUCAGGUGCAACUUCUAAAGAAAGAUUAAAACAACAACAACAAUAAUAAUAAUAACAAAACAACACUGUUGGAAACUGGAUUUUUUUUUACACAAUUACUCUGAAAAAGUAUAAUAUAAAAAGUCACAGGAGGAGACAAAGUAUUGAAGAUUGUGCCACGAAGACUGGCAAGUGUCUUCACAACCAUGUGACUCACCCAGCUGCUGAACCUUUCAGAGAACUAUGUGUCUUACUACUGUUGGAUACUAGUGUUGUAGCACUUUACUGUAAUAUAUAACUUAUUUAGAUCAGCGUAGAAUGUAGAUCAUCUGGAAAGCACUGAUUACACUUUACAGGUUCCUAUCAUCCCUGCACUUCCCAGACACAGUGCUGUGACACAGUUUGGCAUGGUGUUGUUGCCACAGUGCAGUGUUUCUUGCACACAGCCUGCUGAUGGGAAACAUCUAGGAGUCACUGAAAGCAGUCAACCACACCAACUGGCAUCGUCUAGAUGUGCACAACCAGCUGAAUAAUGGUUAGUAUUUCACUUCAGUUGGAGGUGAAUAGAUAAAACCUUAAACCUAAGGGGUGUUGCUUUUGAAACUGUGUGGUUUGGUGCAUGUGCAUUUCUGUUUUCUUCUCUUUUGCAAAAUGGAUAUUGACUCCAACAUCUUCUCCUUUUUGCAUUUAUACUCUGUUUUUUCUUCCUUCUGGAAUAAGUUUAUAAUGUCAUAGAUGACUGGAUUAAAUAAGUGCUAAAUUACUACUGCCAUAGAAAUUUAUAUGACAAUGUCACUUUAUUAGAAUACUGGUUUUUAAAGCUGAAUGUUAAUAAGGGUCACUGUAAAGUGUCACUGAAGUCCACGGCUUCUUUGUUGGAAGAUACAGAAUUUUGUACUUUCUUACCUGUCAAACUGGAUGCAUUGCUUCCCUAUCUCAUUAAUCUAACCUGUAGCCUGAAAUCCACAAGGUGUCUACAGAACUGCUUCAAGUGGAGUGCCCUUUUCUGAGUAUGCUCUCUUGAUUUUUACUCCAAGUUGAUAUCAACCGUUUUCAAAGGGAAAGCUGUACUAUUCCCUUCCCCCACCCCCACCCCCACCCCAUGCAGUCUAAGGGCAUUCUUUGAAUCAUCCCAACCUGACUCAUGAGAAUUAACAAGGGCAUAAAAUUGGAGAAGGGUGGGUAAUAUCUUAGAAAUAAGCUAAUCCCCUCUUUUUGUUAGCCAGGGAACUGAGGCUUGGAGAAUAUAAAUGAUUCACAAAAACACAGAAGCAACCAAGUGGCACUAUUAGAGAAGAUCUGCCUUAUAAUUACAGGCCAGCAUUGCACAAUAGCACACUACCUCUUAAAUUUGCAAAAUAUCCAUGGCAAAACUUAAAACAUAAUUUAUUGAAGUCCUGAGUGUAUUUUCAUGAGAAUAUUUCAAAGCAAGGUAGAAGAGGGUACUUUAAAUGGAUUUGUGUAUAAGCAGCUUAUUGUUUUUCUCAUUAGCCACAUUCUGAUAAGGCUUUGGCACAGCCCUUCCCUCCACACAGUGGCUAUAAGAAGAAGUCUCAUAGAGCUGUGAAUGGCUCAGCUUGAAGCCUUCAUGCAGAGGCUUGGUACUUGAAUCCUAAAUUCCAACUGUCCUAUGAGUAGCACAUGUUUUACCUGUGACAACAGAGGAAUCUAAAGAAGUGUCUCUCCCAGGUUUGCUGCUUCCCAGCACUUGAAAGUUCUAGAUAUUUGCAUUUUGAUGAAGACUAACUUCCAUUAGAUAUUGUAUCCUAGGGGCCUGGAAAGCCUAUAUGCUGUUUUCUAGCCAGCCAACAUGACAAGUCCCUUAGAAGUGCAGUGGUGAUACUGCUAUCUUGAACUGUUUCUUCUGCCUCCAAGGAGGAUGGGCAUCAUCAAAAUACUACAUAUUGUGACUGUGUGUCAGGAAACUGUAGUCACUAAAGCUGGUGUGAAAAAAUCAUAUUUUGCUGCUCAUAACAUACAGUAUCCUUUUAUAAAUAUAUAAACUAAUGGAUGCUUGACAGUUCCCCCCCAAAAAAAAAUGGAAGAUAUCCACUAAUUAAAUGCUGACAACUUAAAAGUAAGCAGUGUUUAUGUACAAUAGAUUAUUUCCAGGUGGAAUGAGCAAAAGAGCAUACUUAAAGGGAAUCCUUGAAAAGCAAGGAUUUGUACUCUUUCAGGCCCUCACUAGUUUGCACUAAUUUUAAGAUGGAGUAAGAUUGUUGUCACAGGAAAGACAAACUUCCUUGCCAGGAAUUCAGUGCCAGGUGAUAAUAUGUACUUAACACAUGGAAUGUCUUGUGGUUUCUUUUUCUCUUCUUUUUUUGUUAACUUAAAAAGCUAAUUCUUAAAGAUUGUAGGGCUCAUAUUUUACUUGAAUAAUUGAUGUUCUUCUGUUUAAUAGUUAGUGAGAUGAAAAUUAAUAUUUGACUAGAUAGAAUUAAUUAACAGGUAAGGGGAAACAGGGUAUUCUUAGAUUAAAUAAUUUAUGUACUUAGAGAGUUUUUUCAAAUGCUAUGAUGGCAAGAGUCUUUUGAGAGUUGUUGAUAGUAAACGCAAUUAAUUGAAUUUUAAAUUGUUAGUAAAAUUAAUGACUUGAAUGAUAUUUUUUUGGCAUGGCAGCAUUUUGUGCCCUGGUGUGUAAUUAUUCAGAAAUGUUCCAUACAUCCACUACAUAUGCAAGUUGUUUCUUUGUUGAGACAUUUGUACACUGCAGUACACAUGUAUUUAUAGACACUUGAUACACUUGAUACAAUUUUUAGAUAUUUUCUACUAUUUAUUAAGCCAUAGACAUUCUCUAAAAGACUUAAAAAUUCACUAAAAAAAUCCAAUUAUGUCCCAAAUUUCAAUUUAACCUAGUUUGCAAAAAUAACAAAAAAAUAGGUAUCUCUAGAGACAAAUUUUUCAAAACUCAAAAAAUUAAAAUUGUGUAUACAUCAGAUGCAAACCUUCACCAAAGAGUAAAUUUAAAAUAUUUUAAUAUUUACCUAAUCUCCAUUGAAUAUAUUCUUGUAUAUGUCAACAGAUAUCCAGGAGAUACUGAAAUCAUUUAUUAUUGAUGGAUUAUGAAUAUGUUUCUCCAUUGAAUUAUAUUUUUUCUGGUACUUGGUAGAAUAGAUCAUACUUAAUGGCUUUUCCUUCCUUUCCUGGCUCCUGUUUGUCCCAUUCACACUUCUCUAGAAAUAGGCCAUAAGCUUCAAGCCAAUAAACCUAAUUGCAAAAAAAAUAACUGUUUAAUAAUAUACUUAAGUUCUUCAUUUACAAAGUUCUAUUAAUUUAAACACUCAUUUGGACAAAGCCCCACUAAAAACAAAGAAUUUUAAAUUUUUACAACUAGUGAUUUAUGUUUUCAUUAAGGCAGCAACUCAAUUGUAGUCUCUUUGUUUACUUUUAAUACUUAGUUUACAGCUAUCCUUAUGUCUUUACGACCUUAAGAACAUUAUUUCAUUUCAUGUGAUGCAAACAUUUUCAAAGGGAUAUAGAAACAAUAUUCCUUCAAAGUUUUCGUAUUCCAUAAUCCCUGCAUGGAAAAUUACUUGUGAUAACUUAUUAGAAUACCUACUGUAUGUCUUGCUGAUUCUAGGACACACUUAUUCAAUUUAGCAUCUCCAAAAUUGUGAUGUCUCUUGAAAUUGUCAUCUGUAAUGCAGUGUUUAAAGUUGUUGGAAUAAACACUACACUACUUCAACUUAAUCAAAUGUUCAUGUGUACAGGGAAAUUCCUUUCCUUAUACAUGUUUAUGAAUUUGUGAUAACAUGUAAAGCCAGUUUUCAAUACAACUGAGCCACAUACCACUCAACACAGACCUAACUGGCUAUCAGCUUGGAUCCUUGCGUCUCCAAGUUACAAAAGCUCUUUAAGGGUCCCAUUUAUGUGUUAUUAUAAUAGCAGUGAUUUAAGCAAACCUAAGUUAACUGAUGACUGAUGAAAUCAGAGGUUUCUCGAGCUUUCAUUUAGGGGUCUUUAGUCUUUAUUCCUUUUGAAGGGAUUGUUUGAAAGGAUCAUCUCACUUUUAAAUAAGUUAACUGGAAAAAGGUUACAUGAAUACAUCAUAGUUAGAUUUCACAGCAAUUUGUAUGCUUGACGUCAGCUGCAAAAGAAUAAAUAAUGCAACCAAUUGGUCUUGUGGAAAAGAUUUCCUCUCAGGUCUCCCAACUUUCUUAGUUUUCCUUAUCCUUUCUGUUCUUUUGCUGUUUUCCUUGGCUUUAGUAACUUUCCUUUCCAGCCCAUGUGAUGGCUGUUAUAAAACUGCAUAGUUAAAAUAUAGUACUUAUGUGAAACAAUUGUUCAACUCUCUGGGCAGCUUUUGAUCAAAUAUGUGAGAGUAAUAACACUACCCUGUGUCUACCUGAAGUACCUUCUUGCAUAAAAUGUAUCCUUGUAAGCUAACUCUUUCAAUCAGGUGUCUAUUCUUCACAACCAAUUUCAGUACAAUUGUCUAACACAUCAGCAUAAAGGAAAAAAAAAAACACUGUAAUCAUCAAGGAUGGAAAUCAUGUGAUUUGUGUAAAGAACUUUUACUGACUUUACACAGACAAAUGUGAUUUUUGACAGCAAGUCUGCACAAUGACAACUAUGGUACAUAGAUUUUUUAUUGAAAUAUUGAGUAAAAUUAUUUUUCAUUCUAAAUUAUAAGAAAGUAUAAAUUUGCACAUAUUAAUAUAGAAAUUCAUUUUGUGUAUAUUUAACAUACCUUUAAAGCUAUUUUACAUGUACUAGCUACUUUGUUAAGGUUUGUAAAUCUCUGCAAAAAUGAUUAGACAUGUUUUUAAAUUAUCAAUAACAUAAUCUUUGUUUCACUUAACAAAUACUGCCUUUGUAAAAAGAAAUUUAAUAUAGAAUGUAUUUUUAAAUCAAAAUAUUUGAAUAUAAAAUAGCUCAAAGAAAAACAAAUUAUUCAUGAACAAGUUUUGUGUUGUUUCUGGCUUUGAAUUAUAUACAAGGUGAAACUGCCUUAAAUGAUACAGAAGACUGAUAAAUAUGACAAUUUCACAUACUAUACUAUGAAUCUCUUCACAUAACUGGUUGACUACUAACUUAUCUUUUAUGUAUUUAUUAAAAGCUGACACUGUAGAUUGUUGUAAGAUGUUUAUUUUUCUAACAGAGCUUAUAACAGUUUGUGACAAGGCAUUUAAUUAAUAAAACUAUUCUGUCUAAA